CUAUUAGUUUAUUUUUAAAGGGUAUUAACCAUUAACUUAAACUAAUGAUUGAGACUCCAAGAUAAUAUAAUUGAGAUCCAAAAUAUAUUCACAAAUUGUUGUAUAAGACGGCCUUACUAAUCGAAAUACGCACCUCAUGCAGAGUUAAAUAGUCCAUCUAAUACUUAUUAUAAGAAUAUGGGUUUUUUGUUUGACGUCGUCUCUCACAGCAGUACCUCAAAUAUAUUAUAUACUUAACUUUUUUUAUCUGACAUAGUCUAAAAAUCCUUUUGCUAAUGAAGUCAAUGUUGAGCCAGCAAUAUUAUGCUCCAAGUUAAGCCGAAAAGGAAUCACUAACUACUAAUUAACAGAUCAAGUUAAUUAAUCGUUGAAACUCUCUAAUCUCUAUGCAUGUUUGACAAUAAUAAUGAUCAAUAUUCGGAUGAGAUGCAUCAUGCAGCUAGUUUAUGGAAAUGUCAUUAUCAUUUAAACAAAGAUUAAUAACCAUGUUACACCCACAUUUUUCUUAAACAACUAUUCUCUCCGUUCUUUUUUUUUCUUCUCACUUAUUAUUUGUGCAGUUUUCAAAAUAAAUUUUAAACCGUAAUAUCUCUAAAUACGCAUCAUAAAAAAUUAUAAAAAUAUAUAAUGAAAAAGUAUACAUUAAGAUGAAUCUAACGAGAUCGCACAUGAAUAUAUUUUAUUAUCUAUAUAUGUCUUAAAAAUCUUAAUCAAAUCUUAACAUACCCAAUGUUCUGAACCACCACAACUCCACCCCUGAAACACUAGGUCCACCACUUCCACAACCCCACCCUCCCACUCAACAAAAACCCUUAGAAGGUAAAUGUGUUUGCAUUGGUGUAAAGCUUUUUCAGUAAAUUUCAAGGGAAUAUGACAUUAUUGCAACUAAAUUAAAUGGACACAAUGAAACUUCCAUGCAUUUAGAAGAUGACAAAACUAUGGUUGAAACUUGAAAUAUAUAUUAUUAUCAAGUGAUCUAAGCAUUAACCAUUAAUCAUUAUACUUUAGUUUAUUAUAAUAUAAUUUAUUUCUUAAUUAGGUAAGGUGGACUUAUUUAUUGAAAGUGAAAGAUUUAUAUAGUAACAUGAUGAGCAUCUAAUCUUUAAAAUAAGUUAAUUUUGUGCAAUAUUGAAUCCCAUUUUUUUUGUUUUUGCUUGAGAACCAAGUAGGGUAAAUAUUAAUCUAAGGCCAUAAUGAAACUCACACUUCACCAGCCCAAUUUCCCUUUAAAGAUCCUCACUUUUUAGUCUAUCAAUCUCAUAUCUCUAUACAUCUCCCUUUAAUUUGUUUAUAUUUCUUGUUAUUAUUAUUAAAUAUAAUCAAAAAAAAAUGUCAAAAACAAGUCUAAAGAAAAAUGUUGUAGAGAAGAGUGGUUGCUAUAGAAAAGGGCAUAAACAAGCAAAAGAAAAUCCACACCUAAAUAAUAAUAGUAGCUUCUUCAAGAUCUUCAAGAAGGUUUAUCCUCUUGGAAUUCAUAGGAGCGAUUCCUCGCCUUCGAUUUCAUCUAUCUCGUUAUCUUUGUCUCAAAACUCGACUGAUUCAUCACUUACUGACUAUUCAUCGUGUCCAUUGGAUCAAACUAUUUUGUUAUCACUCGAAUCUCUUCGAAAAUAUUCGAGCCCUCCUAAGAAGAAAGAAACUUUGGUGGUGUGUACUAAUGAUACUAAGCCAGAAUUGCUUGCUUCCCCAAAACUUUGUGAUGAUCAUGGAGAGGUCAUGAAGACUAGAUGCCAUUGGAUAACCAAAAGUAGUGAUAAGGCGUAUGUAUCGUUUCAUGACGAGCAAUGGGGAGUACCGGUCUAUGAUGACAAUCAAUUGUUUGAGCUGCUCUCAAUGUCUGGUAUGUUGAUGGAUUACAAUUGGACUGAUAUUUUGAAAAGAAGAACCGAAUUAAGAGAAUCUCUUGGAGGGUUUGAUGUAAACUUUGUUGCCAACAUGACGGAGAAAGAGAUUAUUGAGAUAUCUUCAAACAAGGAGCUUGGAUUAGCUGAGUGCAGAGCUAGGUGCAUUGUGGAUAAUGCUAAAGCAAUAAUGAAGGUAAUGAAGGAGUAUGGAUCAUUUAGCAGUUACAUAUGGGGUUACUUCAACUAUAGACCAAUAAUCAACAAGUAUAGAUAUUCUAGGAAUGUUCCAUUAAGGACUCCAAAAGCUGAGGUCAUAAGCAAAGAUCUUGUUCGCCAAGGUUUUCGGCUUGUGGGACCAGUCAUCAUUCAGUCCUUCAUUCAAGCAGCUGGGAUGACCAUUGAUCAUUUGAUUGAUUGUUUUAGGUAUAAUGAUUGUGUUACCCUUGCGGAAAAUCCAUGGAGGCAUGUUUAAAUUAAUUAUUUCAUCACUACAUAUGAUAUUACUUAAUUAAUUCAUGAUGCCAUACAUUUUAUUUAUGUAAUUAUUAUUUAAUAUUAAUUUUAUUUGUAAUUUUUGUAUAAACAUACAUUAUUUUCAAGAGCUUGUAGUAAUUAAUAUGUAUUGAUAAUUACUUAGAGAAUGGAGCUUUGGAGAGACUAUAUAUAUAUGUGUAUGAUAUAUUUUUUAAAAUUAUUUAAUUUAUAAGAUAAAAAUAGCUUGUAUGUUGGGAUUCUAAUAUUGUAUAUACAAUAAUUCAUAUUAAUAAUCUGACUUUUCACUUAUCCGUCGUGAAUAAUCUUAUUUUUUAAUUAUUUUUUAAUAAUUCAACCUUUAUUCUUUACUUUGCUAUCAGCAUAACCUUUUAUUUUAUAAUAAUUCAACAUUUGUCUUUAGUUUACUAUUAGCUAGCAUACCCCCUAUUGUAUGCUGACAACAAAUUAGAGGUAAAAGUUGAAUUGUUUAAAAAAUAAUUAAAAAUUGAGAUUAUUCACGGUGGAUGAGUGAAUAAUUGAAUUAUUAAUGUCAAUUUUUUAUAUUAUAUAUCCAAAAACUUACAAGUCGCAAGUCGUAAGUCACGAAUCACAAGUCACAAGGGGUUGGUUGUUGAAUAGGAGGACUACCAGUGUACAUGGGUAGACGAAGAGGGCUCAAUGAAGUGACGUACAACUAGAUGCAGUGGUAUCGGGUACAGAACUCAAAAUCAUGGAUAACGCUAUUAUCAACGUGUUAAAAUAAAUUAAUAAAACAUUCAAGAAAUUUUGUUUGUAAAAUGAUUAGCAUCCCAAAAAAAUUUUCAUUGACCAAUAUUCAAUAAUCAAUAAUACAUACACAAUCACGCAAAUAAUAACACCAAUUAUAAUCAAACCACAAAACCACAACCCCUAAACAAAUUUAUAAUUUUUCUCUAUUCUUAAACCCUAAAAUAAUCAUUUAAAUAACUAAAUUACAAAAAAAUUGAAGAUUUUAAUUUUUAAGAGAAGAAAUCCUAAAUUAAUUGGAUGAAAGAAUAAAAUUUUAAAGAGAAACUUACAAUAAAA